AUGCACGGCGGCGACGCAGGAGGAGCGGUGCAUGUCGACACCGGUGGUCAUGUCGCCCACGUCGACUCUGGAAGUCAUUUCGCACAUGCUCCGAUACAUCACGAUCAUGGGCACCAUCACGGCCAUGAUUCCGGCCAUCAUCACCACAAACACCACCAUCACGACGACUCCCACUACAUGUAUCCACCCCCUCCAUACUACGCGCAGCCUGUUUACGGAACGAUGUUACCGCAGCAUCGAGCACGACAUGUGGAAAUCCAGGAGUAUACAUAUGAUGUCUCGCCGGCCGUGCAGGCGUUUCAGUUGGUGUUGAUGGUGGCGAUUAUUGGGCUAUUUGUCUUUUUGGUUAUGUCGAUGGCUACGGAUAUGAGGUUUGGAGGGCCGGGUUGGUGA